AGGAAUUUCAGCAAGGAAGACACAGGAAGCAGUCGCCUCGGGGAGAAUUUCACUUCCUCAUUUUUUUUCACGCAGCGUGCGCUGCCCAGACAGGGAAAGACAACAAUGAGGGUGAUAGUAGUGUGGACGCUCUUGCUGCUAAACAUGGCUGAUAUCGUGCAUCAGGCCAGAGGAUCUGAAGCAAGAGACAACAUCCCCGCAGGUCACACCGGUGCUUACGUGGGGAAACUGCUGGUGGUACCGAUGGAUGGGAGCCACUGGGUGGGUAUGAAGGCCAUCUCUCAGGAAAUGGGUCGGCGCGGGCACCGGGUCACCGUUGUGAUGCCAGAGAUCACCAUACUGAUCGGUCCGGGGGAGCACUACGAGACACUGAUCUACCCUCUUCCAUUUGACAAGGCUUUUGUUGACUUUAUAAUGUCCAAAAAUGAAGAUGUGCUGGGAAAAGCUACGCAGCCUUUCCUGGAGAGAAUUCAGGAGAAAUUCUCGCAGAUAAAAAGAAUUACAGAAUUGCUUCACACCACCGCAGAAAGCCUUCUGUUCAAUGCCAGUCUGAUCUCGCAUCUGGCUCAGCAGAGAUUUGACGCUGUCCUGACAGACCCCAUGGUGCCCACUGGCUCUUUGAUAGCUCGGAAAUUAGGUAUUCCCACGGUUAAUUUACUGAGGGGAAUUCCCUGUUUUUUGGACAUGCAGUCUACAGGGUGUCCUUCGCCGCCUUCCUACGUGCCUCGCUUCUUCACGGGCCUCACAGAUAAAAUGGACUUCAAACAAAGAGUCAUCAACACUCUGGUGAGUGCGCUGGAGCCUCUCCUCUGCCGACUCAUCUAUUGGCGCUUUGACCAAAUUGCCAAAGAGUUCCUGGAAGAGGACGUGGGUGUGGCUGAGGUGCUUUCAGACUCGGCAAUCUGGCUGCACAGGAUUGACUUCACAAUGGAGUUUCCACGCCCAUUCAUGCCGAACAUGGUGCCAGUCGGGGGCAUCAACUGCAACGUGAGGAAUCCUCUGCCUGAAGAUUUGGAGCCCUGGGUGUCGGGAAAACAGGGAUUUGUUGUGUUCACACUGGGCACUUCAAUGAAGAAAAUGCCAGAUGAAAUAACCCAAGUCUUUCUUGAAGCGUUCAGACAGAUUCCACAGAAGGUAAUAUGGAGAUAUUCUGAAGUUGCUCCUGAUAAUACACCAGAAAAUGUCAAGAUGAUGAGCUGGGUGCCCCAAAACGACUUACUUGCUCACCCCGGAGCUCGGGCCUUCAUCACUCAUGCUGGCUCACACGGUCUCUUCGAGGGACUUUGUCAUGCCGUUCCGAUGGUGAUGGUACCGAUUGGCGGGGACCAGCCUGACAAUGCAGCAAGAAUGGCGAGUCGAGGAGUGGGAGUGGUGUUGGAUAUUUCAUCCAUCACUGCAGAAGACCUGCUACAGGGACUGAAUGAGGUCAUAAAUGACACUAGGUACAAAGAGAACAUGAAGAGGCUGUCAGCGUUACACAGGGAUCGUCCCAUUGAUCCACUGGACCUUUCGGUGUACUGGACUGAGUUUGUGAUGCGGCAUAAAGGGGCCAAACACCUUAAAGCAGCCGUCCAUGACCUCAACUGGUUCCAGUACUUCUGUCUGGACGUAAUAGCACUACUUGCUACAAUUGUGCUCGUUUUUAUAGUCUUGACAGCAAAAUGUUUAAAGUUCUGCUGUCGGAAACUGAGCAGAAAGAGAAAGCAAGACUAGAGUGGCAGCUGAGGUAUCUGAUUUACGAAUGAAACAUAAUAAACCUAACAGUGUGGGGAGAACCGCACGUUAUUGUGUAGGAC